AUGCACUUCCCCAGACUAGAGCAGUGGUCAGACUGCGCUCUGCUGUCGGACUCUUUCCCAUUCAUGGACGGCUUCCUCUACAUCGGCGCUGGUGCGGGAAAAGCGACCACAGUGGACCGCCAGCGCAGAGAUGAUAUGACGCGACGCUGGUGCACCCUGGAGGCGGGCUUUCUGAGUUUUUACGAGAGCGAGAGGAGCCCAGUGGCUUUAGGCAGAGUGGACGUCACUGAGGUGGUCAGCGUAGCCAUCAACAGCAGCGAGACCAUGACGGGAGCUGGGGCGGUGUUCACUGUGGAGCUGUAUUUGAAAACGGAACGAGUUGUGAUUUUUGGAGCCGAGACUCAAGAAACACAGCGUGACUGGAUCCAGGCGCUGGCCAAGGGCUUUGUGCCGGCCACAGCAGAAUGCAUGGUGCAGAAGGAGAGCGAGCUGAUUGGAAAGCUGUACUUUAAAGAAGGUCUGGACCUGUACCACUGGAGGCAGGGCUGGUUUAUGCUGGAGGCCUCCACGCUGCACUUCAGCUCUGGAGAAGAGGGCGAAGAGGAGGACACUCUGCAGCUCAAACAACUCCAGGAGCUCACGGUCUCCACACACACAGAAGGUGAAGACAAGAUCCAGGUUCUUCUCAUGGUGGAGGGCCGCAGAACUGUGUACAUCCAUGGUUACCACAAGAUGGACUUUUCCCUCUGGCACUCUGCCAUCAUGCUCGCUGCAGGUACUGAUGGCAAAGCACUGGGCGACCAGCAGCUCACCAAGAACGAGGUCCCUAUUGUUGUGGACAGCUGCAUCGCUUUUGUCACUCAGUACGGUCUUUGUCAGAAGGGGGUCUAUGAGCGCGCAGGCGACCCGGAGCGAGUGGCCGCGCUGCUGGACGAGUUCACACGGGACGCACGCAACGUGAAGCUGCGAGAGAAGGAGCAGCGGCUGGAAGAUGUGACGCAGACCCUCAAGAACUUCUUGUCCCAGGCCGAGGAUGCACUGCUCACCAAGGAGCUCUACCCGUACUGGGUGUCUGUGCUGGAUGAGACCAAUGAAAAGCAGAGGGUAAAGAAGUACUCAACUUUCAUUGAGAGCCUGCCAAAGAUAAACAGGUCAACGCUGGAAGCUCUCCUGCAGCAUCUGUACAGGAUCCACCAGUGUUCACACUUAAACCAGAUGCCGAGUAGGAGGCUGGCGUCUGUGUUCUCGUCCUGCUUAUUUCAGACACAAGGACAAACCCCACAGGAAGUGCGAGUCGUUCAGGAUCUUAUUAACAACUAUAUCACGCUGUUUGCGGUCAACAUGGAGCAGGUGCAGCAGAUGGAGAGAGAGAACAGCUUCAUCACGCGGUGGAACGACAAGAAGGACGCCACGUUUUCUCCAGCCGGGGACUUGAUCUUUGAGGUUUAUCUGGAGAAGAAAGCGCCAGAGAACUGCUGUUUAAUCAAGUUGUCUCCCAGUAUGAGGGCUUCAGAGGUGGCAGAAACAGCCCUCAGCAUGAAGAACAUCACUGUCAACGCCGGGAACCUGUGGACUAUGUUUGAAGUCAUUGAGAAUGGAGAGAUGGAGCGACCACUGCACAACAGUGAGAAAGUGCUAGAGCAGGUCUUGGAGUGGAGCGCCCUGGAAUACCCCAGCUCUGCCUUCCUGGUCAUCAAGAAAUUAUCUGCAACCAAACGAACUGCUGAGGGAAAAGACCAGAAGAUGCUCAUCAGAGGAGACUACCUAAAGUUCAAUGACGGAUCGUCCAAACUGUUGUCGGGCCACAAGUUUCAGGACAAAUAUGUCGCCCUACGUUCCGAGAAGCUGCUGCUCUACAGAGAUAUCAAAAGCACUAAAGCAGAGAAGGCCGUCCCACUCAAGUCAGUGAAAUGUUACCUGGGACUGAAGAAGAAGCUCAAAGCCCCAAAUAGUUGGGGCUUCACGGUUUACACAGACAAACUGCAAUGGCAUUUCUGCUGCGACGGGAGGGAGGCGCAGGUCGGCUGGGUGGCAGACAUCAUCAGGACUAAGUUUGGGUCUGAUUUAAGUUUGAAGAUCACUACUUCUACUAUCAAUGCUUCUGCACCGGGACCAGGGAGCUCUCAGCUCAGCAACCGUUGUAAACAGCUGACAGACAAGACAAUUUGUGUUGACGAGGGCGGCUUGGCCAAGUCUGGUAAGGUUGCCAGCAUUCAGCACAAGACCAACGCCAUCGCCAACUGCUUGAGGCACAAAGACAAGGCUAAAGCAGCAGACAUCCAGCAUCGAAAGACCUCUUUGGAGCCUGUCCAAGCCCAGCCGCCCUCCUCAAGUUCUCCAGUCGCACUUCUAUCCCAAAGUGGCUAUAAAAGCACAGGUAAAAAGCUCUCUUUAUGUGGAGAUGCCAAAAUGCCGGCCAAUCUUCUCAAUGAACUCAACUCUGUGCUGAGCAAAGGCGGGCGCACUGCAAAGACCAGAGGAGGAGAGCAGGAUAGCCUCGGGACAGAGCAGCGAAGUCUGGGAGGACAAGGAGAGUGUGGGAAACAGGUGCAAGAGAAGCCUGAGGUCACACAGACCUCAGCUGGACACGCCGCUUACUAA